CCAUCAAAUUUGCGUUAGAAAAUUGCCACUUCUCCCUUAUCGCCCGUACAGUUGCCGAAGGACAAUAUUAAAAAAUAAAAGCAAGAAAUAGCAGCUAUCACUGUAACAGAUCAGAUCACCUAAUUGUUUCCAAAUGGCCCUGAAUAAUAAUAAAUUUGAUGCUUUGAACAACAGCGAGGAUAGUGAUGACGAUGAAACAUCAUUCGCGGAAGACAGAAAGAAAAAGGAUUUAGCCUUGCCACCUAUUCAAGUUCCCAGAGAAGAACACCCACUUCAGUAUACCUAUUGUUUGUGGUUCAGUAGGCGAGCUCCUGGAAAACAUGCAGCACCUCAAAGCUUUGAUCAAAAUCUUAGAAUGGUUGGACGCUUUGCUUCUGUUGAACAGUUUUGGUCAUACUAUUGUCAUCUGGUCAGGCCCUGUGAACUUUCAGGCCAUAGUGAUUUUCACUUGUUUAAAGAUGGGAUUAAACCUAUGUGGGAGGAUGAUGCCAAUCGCUGUGGUGGCAAAUGGAUAGUGCGUCUUCGUAAAGGUUUGGCUUCACGUUGUUGGGAGAACUUAAUAUUAGCAAUGUUAGGUGAACAGUUCAUGGUAGGCGACGAAAUUUGUGGGGCCGUGAUCUCGAUUCGAUUUGCCGAGGAUAUAAUCUCUGUUUGGAACCGGAUUGCCAGCGAUCAAGCCACCACCAAUCGAAUUCGCGACACCUUACGCCGAGUGUUGAACCUUCCACCGAACACUAUACUUGAAUACAAGAACCACACCGAUUCUCUCAAGGACAAUUCCAGUUUCAGGAAUACCGACGUCUUUGUUCGAUAACGACACCAUGUUUUACAUCUCAAGCGGAAUAUAAAUAAGUUGACCUGACCAUGGUGUUCAUUACAAAUACUUAACGUCUUUAGAAUUAUUAGUCAUUCAUUCAGAAACUUCUCUGCAUUAGCACUGG